AUGCAGAAGUUGACGAAUGUCGAGUCGCAGCGGAUGAUGGCGGUCAUGGGCGACCUGCUCGACCGCCUCAACUACCUCACCUACGUUCCUCUAGAACCUCAGACCUCGCUACUGGAUGAUCUGCGUGAAAGUCGUUGUCUCAAUUCCGCAGAAUUGCUGCGCGAACAUUGGCGCUGGGAGCAGCUUUAUCUACAGGCAGCGCAGGCCAUGGACAGUCGCCAAGACGACAUCGCCGACCAAGUUCGCGUGACUGCACGAGCGCUUUGCAGAGAUCUCCGAGAGAGCCCCGUGGCCGUUGAAGUUUUGUAUCAUAAAGGCACAACAGCCCACGAUCGGUCUGAGGAUCUCCAGAUGCUGGUGAAGGCUCUGUCGGAGCUCACCGACCUCACUCACGCUCAACUGGACAAGACGCUGGAAGACGCCAAGUCCAAGAAGGAGCUCAUGGCUGUGGCUGAGAGUCGCAUGAAGCAGGCGGAGGACGAACGGUUGGCCAUCCGUGAAAAACUUACGGAGAUGAGGAAAAUGAAAGAGGAAGAGGUGGCUCUAUUGGAUGCUCAAGUGCAAAAGCUUCGUACGGAGCUGCAUACGAUCAACCAGACUGCUUCGCAUGAGCUCAUGAUGAUUGAGACGGAUCUCAAGGAGGCUCAAGCCAAGGCGCACGAUCAACACUCGGAAGAGAUGAAGGUGUUGCUAGACCAAGCUUCCGCGCUGGAGUUACGAGCAGCCAAGAUGGCCCAGGAGCACCAGGAAGAGGAGGACGGACUUCGCAAAAAGAAGUGCAAGAUGGCGGCGGAGGUCGCAGCGGUAGUAGAGAAAUUCGACAGCGAGAUGGAGGCCAUGGAGACCGAGUUGCGAGCGCUGGAGGAGACCUUCAGGAAGGAGCGCGAGCAAUGCGACCAGUUCAACGAGCAUUUCCUCAAGAUUGACGAGGAGCAGUCUCGAAUCGACGCAGAGGAGCGCGUGCUGGAAGAGAUCAGAGCACGUGAGCGGGAGAAGCAAAUGAUGAUCUACAACGCUGCCACGAGGAUCCAAAAGGUUUACCGCGGCUUACUGUGUCGUCGAGAGUACGCCAAAAUGGUAGCCAAGAACAAGAGAGGAGGCGGCAAGAAGGGCAAGAAAGGCAAGAAGAAGUAA